AUGAUUCUCGUGCUGUCUGUCCAGUGGAGUCUUCGGGAUGUCCGCUACCGUACAAAACUCAUCGCAGUAGCGCCAUCGUCGACUGCAGCAUCGGGCGAAUAUGCACAUUUGCCGAAAAGUGCUCUCGCGGCAGCGUGCGUUUGCACGCGUCUGGGGCUGCAAAAACUGGAACUGCUGGGCCAAGCACUUUUGGAUUCCGGAGAUCGUAGCUGGAAAUGGACGAUGAUUGACUGUUUCUGUUUAAAGUGCACACAACUGCUGGGCCCGGAGGCGCAGCGUUUUUGGCCGAACCCGGCUGAGGCAAACUAG